UAGGUGCUCGGUCCCGAGUUCAACGAGAACUUUAUUCCCAGCUCGGGCUCGGGUUUGCUCAACGAGUUUAUAUAUUUAUAUAUAUAUUUAUAUAUAUAUACACGAGUGUGAGUCCUCGGGUAGUAUCUCUGGCGAUUCGGUUUCGUUUGACGUACACACCGCGGGUACACCAGACUCACCAGUAUGACUCUCGCUUCAGUUGCGCGUGGAACGCGAAACCGUGAGCAUCGAUAGUGUGGCGGGGGGUAUAUUUAUUCUGCGGUUGCUCAUCCACUCCCGCAUGCUUUCUCGUAUCUAUUUAUUACAUUCAUUGCUGUAUUUUUAUUAUUAUUACUUUUUCUCUUGCAUUUAAAUCUAUUAAUAAUUCUCGCUGAAAAAUAUAUAUGGAUAAACUUUGUAGCUCUUUUAAAUUUUAUGUCGUCACAGAAUAUUACUCAGUGAAACAAAUUUGCCUUUCGUAUUCUGUGAUAAUUUUAUGACUUUUGCCAUUUUAUUUUUUUUUUAAUUAAUUAAUUAAUUAAUUAAUUAUUAUUACAACAGUAAUUAUUGAAAGCGAUGCGGUCGAUUGAAAAAUAAAAAGUGAUAAACUUUUAGCCGUAACAAAAAAUAUAAAAUUCAGUAACCGCCAGUUGCUCGCUCGCUAGCCUGCGAAAGACAAAACGGAAAAGAAGUGUUAUCACUCUUGUGGUGUGUAUGUGCUCCAAAAAGAGGAGAUAACACAAUCUGGGUAGUGUCGACUCAAGUCUACAUUCGGCGCAUCCAACAGUCGGGAGAUACAUGCAUGUGCCUGUGAUCCAGACCGCGAGAACCGGCAGUCCCGCGACCCGAGGACGCAGCAAUAAAUCGCAGUAGCACUGGUCCCGAUUUAAGCUCUUUCGCAAAUUAAACGGCUACUCCAAUCACUAUCUAUUAGUUGCGAUUCACUAGUAACGAAAAUAAACAAAUUUUAAAUUAACUCGUAUAAAUAAAUAUAUGGAACAGUUGACAGAAACCGCCAAGUGACAGACUCAACGACUCAGGCAGACGAUUAAUCGAGUCCGCGGUACCUUCCAGGAGGAACGAUGGCAGGCGAAGACACCCAAAUAAUUGCCAACGGGGCCGUUAAUGUCCUGACGAUAAUACCCAGUGAAAAAAUGGCAAACGGCAACGUCGAGAUGCACAACAAGUUGAACAACAACGGGACGAUAAAAAACGGCAACGGCAAGGUCUUGGAAAUAGCGAUGGAAAAUGGAAAACUGAUCGCCGUCGGGGAUGAAAAGUCAAACAGUCUCCACACUGAGUUCGAUGACGCAGACGUCUCUUGCGGAUGGGGGCUUUUUAGGCCACGUUGGCUGCAGUAUUUCGCCACGAAACAGGCCUUCUUGGUCGUCUUCUGUCUCACUUGGGUGCUGCAAGGCAUGUAUUACACCUACUUUGUGUCGGUGAUAACGACGAUUGAGAAAUUAUUUCAAAUCCAGUCUAAAACGACGGGUAUAAUUAUGUCGGCGACGGAGAUCGGGCAAAUAGGAUCCUCGCUCUUGCUGACUUACUACGGAGGUCAAGGACACAGACCCAAGUGGAUCGCCUGGGGCAUGAUACUCUUCGCCGUGAGCUCUUUUACCUGCUCGAUGCCCCAUUUCAUCUUCGGCGAACAGCUGAUCGAACAGAAAAAAACUCUAUUCAGGAUCGACUCUGACUCGGAUCACGUUUCUUCUAGUCUUUGCAAACCACAGCCGUUUAUUAAUUCAUCAAUGGAUCUCGACGGGCUGGGUUCAACCACGAGUCUGCCGAACUUUGGCUCAUCCUCAGACACCGAGUACUGCCAGGGUACUUUUCUCGAUGAACAAAGGAUCCAAACUAAAAUAACGUCAAUAGUCCUGGCGAUUUUUUUCGUUUCUCUACUGGGAGUCGGGAUGGGUCAGACAGCUGUCUACACACUUGGCAUCCCCUACAUAGACGACAAUGUCGCCUCUCGAGAAAGUCCUUUGUACUUCGCCAUAACAAUAGGAGUGAGAAUUCUCGGUCCAGCGCUCGGAUUUAUUCUUGGCUCGCUCUGCACUAUGCUCUACGCAGACCUGUCAGAUAACCCGCAAAUCACGCCUACCGAUCCGCGGUGGGUUGGCGCUUGGUGGCUUGGUCUCGUCCUGAUAGCCGCAAUGCUGAUGCUGGUCAGCGUCGCCAUGUUCGCAUUCCCCUCGCGGCUGCCCUCCGGCAAAUCCUCGCCCAAGACCGAAGAUUCAACGAAGCCCAGUCUGAAAGAUUUUCCGAAAGCAGUAAAAAGACUUCUGAAAAAUGACAUCCUGAUGUUCAGAACAGCCAGCAGCGUUCUCCACAUCCUCCCCAUCGCCGGACUGUACACGUUCUUGCCAAAAUACCUGGAGACGCAAUUCCGUCUGCCAGCGCACCAUGCCAACAUGAUAUCAGGAGUCGGCGGUAUCCUGGUGAUGGGUCUAGGAAUAAUAAUAAGCGGGGUCUUCAUCCUGCGAGUGAAGCCCAACGCCAGGUUCGUCGCGGCCUGGAUCGCGUUCACCGCAGUCGUCUACGCCGUGGGCAUGGGCACUCUGAUGUUCAUCGGGUGUCCCAUGGACGACUUCGCCGGGCUGACGACCAACUCCGAGGGUGUCACCAGUUUCGAGCCCACGUGCGACGCCAACUGCGACUGCGCCCGCAGUAAAUUCAGUCCCAUCUGCGGCGCCGAUAAAAAAACCUACUUUUCCGCUUGUCAUGCCGCCUGUUCGAACUUCACCGAAAUCGACGGGAAAAUAUCCUCAUUUUACAACUGCCAAUGUCUCGGUCAAAACGAAACAGUAAAUGCCGAGUUUGGUUUGUCCUCCGAAGAAAUGAGCAAAGCAACGAUGGGUUACUGCGAUCUAGAGUGCAGUAACUUCUGGGUUUACAUGAUCCUGUUUUCAUUGUUCGUCUUCAUUCACUCGACAAGUGAAGUGGGGUCGAUGCUUCUUAUACUGCGAUGUGUUGAUCCCCAGGACAAAGCAAUGGCUCUGGGUCUCAUACAGUUCGCGAUAGGCUUAUUUGGAAACGUUCCCUGUCCCAUAGUGUACGGGGCCGUAGUGGAUUCCGCAUGCCUGGUUUGGGAUAACUCCUGCGGUGAACGUGGCGCCUGUUGGCUCUACGACUCAAACAUAUUCAGGAUGUUCUUUCACGGUACUACGGGUGGAAUACUCAUACUGGCAUUUAUUGUUGAUCUCGUUGUGUGGUACAAAGCCGGAAGCAUAAACUUUGUUGACGAGCAGACGGGUCAGGAAGGUUCUGCCGAAGAAAUGACGACUCUUAAACCUCAGGAUGGGCAAACUGUUGACAACGAUUACCUUUAAAAGCUUUUUUACAUUUUAUCUGCUCAACCGGAAUCGAAUUAGAGGAUGGGGGGAACGACAGUUGAGGUAAAGAAGAAAAUUAACAACAAGAUUAACUAUUUUUUUGUAGGCAUAAUAGCUAACAGGAUGCCUAAUAUACAUAUAUCUAUAUAUAUUUUCCGAGAACAUGCUCGUAAUAUAUAAGGAUAAAUAUAAAUAUAUAUAAAAGUGCGUUCGAACUUAAUCUUCAAGGAAAUAUAUUAACUAUUUUCGUAGACGCUACAUCGAUCAUAAGCUAAUACCAUACUGAUGGCUCUUGUUUAUCAUUAAUUAUAGGUUAAGUAUUUUGCCAUAAUUAAGGCGUAGAUGCAGGAAGCUGCAUAAUAUAUGUAUAGAUAUAAUUUUUCAUAAGUGACAAUGGAAACGAAAAAGGAGUAAGCUCGUGAAUAGGCAAUAUUUUUUAUAUACAUGGAGAAAUUUACGGUAACAGUUACAAUAUAUUACGGUAAUGGUUCCCAUAUCAUUUUUUAAAUAUCGAUUAUAUGAAUGGUAUCUAUAGAAAUUGUGGUAAUCAUUACCAUCUACAUGGGUUUCAUUUCCAUGUGAUAUUGGAAUAGUUUCUAUAAAAUUAUGGUAAAAAAUUCCUGUCAUUAUGGUAGUCGUUACCACAUACUAUGGCAAUAAUUACCAUGAUAUUUUGGUAAUUAUUAUUUUAAGGUUAUGGUAAAGAUUACCAUGAGAUUUAAAAAUUCUUCAUAUUAUGGUAAUUGUUAUUAUACUGUUAUGGUAAAGAUUGCCAUGAUAAUUUGAAAUUCUUAAUUUCACAGUAAUAAUUACCAUUCAUUAUGGUAAUUGCGACUAGAAUAUUAUGGCAAAGAUUACCAUGAAAUUUAAAAAUUCUUAAGUUUGUAGUAAUAAUUGCCAUGCCAUUAUGGUAAUUGUUACCACAGUGUAAUGAUUACCAUAGCAUUUAUAAAUUUAUAUUACAGUAAUAAUUACCAUGAUAUCAUAGAAAUUUUAACCAUAAUAUUAUGGUAACGAUUACUAUGACAUUUAGAAAGUCUUAAAAUUACGGUCUUAAUUACAAUGGUGUCAUGGUAAUGGUUACCAUAAUAUUAUGGGAAUAGUUCAUAUUAUGACAACAGGUACCAUGUGUAUGGUAAUUAUUACCAUAAUUAAAUUACCAUACGACAUAAGAACUUUUACCACAGUAAUAUGAACUGUUCCCGUAGUUAUGGAAAAUUUCCUAGAAAUUAUGAGUGUCUAUUCCAUAUUUCCAAGUAAUUAUUACCAUAACAUCCUGGAAUAAUACUUCAUAAACGUACUAGUAACAGUUACCAUUAUUUUCUCUCCAUGUAUAUAUAUCUAAUAUAUAUAUAUUUUAUUUUCCUGCCUAAUGUAACGGUGCUACCUACGAAGAAUGCGAUAAUCGGUAGCAAUUAUGUAUGAUUGGAUGGUUUGAAAUCGAAUUAUCUUUGUUAAAUUUAUUCAAAAUUUUGGUAUCGCCGUCCAAUUAACUUACGUAUGAUUAACCAUCAAAAAGUGUUGACACGGAUGAUGAAUGGUUGACACUAGUGUUGGCAAAUGUCGUGAGAAUGAAGAAUUAUCGAUGAAUUCGAUAAUUAAUAAAUUAGAUAACAGAUUCGUGUGAUUAAAUAACCUGACAGUUUAAAUAUUUUUCGAUAAAUUUGACCGGUGAUUAAUAAGCUGACAACCAGGUGAGAAAUUAAGAAAGUUUGAGCAAAGUUAUUAAUAAUAAUUAGUGUGAUAAGAAUAAGCCCAGUACAGUUCAUUAUUUUGACGGCCCGGACUAGAAUAAUUUAAUUGAUGGCGGAAAUUUUGAAUUAUUAGUUUGCUCUCUGUUCAAACAAUCCAGCAGAUUUUUACUUCAAAAAUAAAUGUCGAAAUUGAUAUUUAAAUUUUUGUCUUCGUCAAGACUCUGUUAUUAAAUUACAUAAAAAUUAUCAGACGAUAAGACAUUUUCAUAUUUAUCAAUUGUCUUACUUGAGUCUUAUCAAAAUAAAUGAAUUCAAAUUUAAUUUGAAUUUUUGUACGUUCCGAUAAAAUUCUGAAAUUUUUUUUGGUUCUCAAUAAUUUUUUACCGGAAAAAUUUUUAUAAAAAUUAUAAAAUUAUGAAUCAGUAACUCGGAUAUUUUAAACAGAAAUAUAUGAGCCCAGUAAAAUAUUUCGGGUCUGAUCUGCAUACAAUGAAUAUAAAAAAUAAAUAAUAAAAAAUAUUGAAUUCAAAUUCAAAUUAAAUUUUCAUACGUUCCCAUAAAAUUCUGUGAUUUUUUUGUGGGUCUUACGAAUUUUAACGGAAAAAUUCUUAUAAAAAUAUGAUUCUGAAAUUAGCAGACAAUUGAAAACAUUCGGAUUUAUUUUUUCAACACAUCAAUCAUAAAAAAAACUAAAAAUAUGCACCUGUAGAAAAUUACAAAAACUACAGGUGCAAUUUUUUGAAAUAUUUUUUUUUAUAAUUUAUCGAUUUAAAAAAAAUCUACAAAUUAUUGGACGUCGGCAAACUUCAGUAUCGUAUAAAAAUUCAAUAAUUAUGAAGCCCAGUAAAUUAUUUCGGGUCAGAUCUGCAUACAAGGAAUAAAUAUAAAAAUAAAUAAUAACGAUAAGUAGUAAAACGAAAAAUGAAAGAGUCGUAUUUUAAUAUGAUACACUUUACAAAUGACUUGAGUCAAUGUCUUUUAAAUAACUAAUUAAAUUAAAUUAAUUUACGUACAUACAUUUAACGCGUAUAUUUAUAGCUGGUGAAAAACAGCGAACCUUCGAAAUAAACUAAGCUCUCGAUAAAAAAUAUACCUAUAUUUACAUAUAUAUUUCCAGUUAAAUAAGUAGACACAUAAUCGUUGACAUGAAACUGUAGCAAUUACGCUCAUGUAAAAUUUUUAUUUUUAUAAUUGUAAUUGAAAUUAUCCAGUUAGAGCUCUCGAGCCUUACGUAGAAUAGGAUCUCUGGUUAAAUAAAUAACUCUCUCGAUACGCAGGCAUAAAUAAUAAAUAAAAAUAAAUAAGGGAACUUUAGAUUCCAAGUACCGGAAAUAACAAACCGUUGUUAUGUUUUACUUUGAAGAGAUUAAGCUCACGCCGAGACUGAAAGUGUUUAUGGCUCGAAAAAUAUCAACAUAUAACUAACUAUUUUCUAUGCUCAUUACAAAUAAUAAUAAGUAAUAAUAAAUAAUAAUAAAUAAUAAUAUAGUAAUAAUAAGACGUACAAAUCCCCGAGUAUUUUCUCAGAGUAUAACGGGAAUAAAAGAGCAAUUGAGUUAAAUUACUUGUACAAUAUAUGAAAUAAAAAAUUAAAAAAAAAGCAUAAACACAUCACGAGCGGUCUAAAAGUGACUUUCUCUUCCUUUAAUUGUUGUUAAUGUUGUUGUUGUUCAUUAAAAGCCAAUGACGAUUAUUUUUAAAACAAAAUCCACUUGUGAUUAAUAGAAAGGUGAUUGGUGGUUAAAUUACACAGCAGGCUGCUCAUCAUGCAUACAGUAUAGAAAAUUUUAAAUAAUAAUAGUUAUUAAUAUAAUUAAGAAAUAAAUAAAUCGGGUGAUCGGUCCAGUUAAUGAACAUGACCAGUAAAUUAACGUUAUUUCAUUUUUACCUAAAGUAAAAGAUCUAGUACCAGAUCAGGGGCCUAUUACCAGAUUAGGGACCUACACGGAAAAAAUUAAUCGUGGCAGCAACAUGAUUUUCAUGUAGCCUUAAUAGUAUAAAAUUAAGUUGCAAGAACUAAAUAUUUAUGCUUCAGAAAAAUUAUUUAUUAUCAAGCAACUAGAUUUUUUCGGACUCAAAAUAUAUUAUAAUGUAUUAUAUAUUAUAUAUUAUAUAGGGGAGGGAGGGGCAAAAGGGGGUACUUAAGGAAAUACCAAGUUUUCGAGGACUCAAAUACGCUAAGUCUUUUUUUUUUAUGACAUUCGAAGUAAAUAAAAGAAAUUUUCAGUUACCGUUGAAAAAAAAAAUUUUUCAUUUCUGCGGGCAAAGUGGGGUACCCCCUAAAAAAGGUAAAAAAAAAAAAUUUCUGGAUUUCAAACGAAUUUGUUUAAGUUGAAUUUUUUUAAAAGUAAUUUACAUGAAGAAAAAUUAUAUUUUACAUGUUUAUUGGAUACAAAAGAAGAAAAAAAAUUUUCAAUAGUUUUUAUCAUAAAACAAACGUCAUUAAUAUUUUUCAACUGACAAUUGAUUAUUGAAAAAGUUUAACAAAAAAAUUCAAAGUAAUGCUUAAUUAUAUUUACAGAAGUGAUUUUGGAAUGUUUAAAAACCAUUUAAAAUAUAAAAUUUUUUUUUAUCAAAUUUUGGGGGUACCCUGUUUUGCCUACCCUACCCCGUUUGGCCCCCCCUUCCCCUAUUAUAAAUUAUAAAUCUGAAAAAAUCUAGUUGCUUAAUAAUAAAUAAUUUUUCUGAAGCAUAAAUAUUUAGUUCUUACAACUUAAUUUUAUACUAUCAAGGCUACAUGAAAAUCAUGUUGCUGCCACAUGAUUUUCUCAUGUUUAUUUACCAAGACUGCAUCAUGUUGCAUUCACGAUUAAUUUUUUUCCGUGUAGUAUCCAAUCAGGGAACUAGUAUCUGAUCAGGGAACUAAUACUCGAUCACUUGAUCAGAUAUUUAAUCGAAUUUAAAAGUUCACAUUUACAAACUCCUGAAAUAUUUUUAUAAAUAAUUUUUUUCACGGGUAAUUACACAAAAAAAAAUACUUGAUUGCUAUUUGAUUGAAAACUUCUAAAACUUCCUCUAAUUUCGUUGCAUCCUUCUACAUUUACAAAUUUGAAAAUACGAUCGUUCAUUUACUGGCUCGGUCACCCUAAAUAAAAAAAAAAAAAACACAAAUAUAAAUAAAAAUAUCUCUUUCCGCACUUGUAAAUAAAAGAGUACAAUACUAUUACCAAAUUAAAACCCCGAUAUCAUGUGAGAUUGACUUGCGGAACCGAACUUUGAUCAUAUUUACAAUAAAAAUUUUAAUCUUUUUAAUUAUUAAAACUCAAGACUAAUUACCACUGCCAGUUUUAUAAUUUUUUUACUUGUACAUCUUGCAUUUAAAACGACUUACUGUUAAUUACCAAUGAGACUUUAAAGAGAAAUUAAAUUUUCAAAAGGUUCCGCGGAAAGGUUUCGCAGAUAUUUCAAUUUUUACGUAGAGACAAAACAAUCUAUUAAAUUUACUUACAAAGAGAUCAAUUAUAUUAAAAAAAUAUAUAUAUAUAAUAUCACGAUCAUACUAUUUUAUAUACUUUAUAAGAUUAAUUGAGGAAAAAAAAUAAAAUGCGACCUCAAACGCCGAUUUCACGUAAUUAAUUUUAAAAAACUAAUUAUCUAGUUAAUUAUAACUGCUAGUCUCUAAAUAAUAUAUAAAUAUAUAUUACUUAUGAAAUUUUUAAGCUAAACGAGUGUAUGGUUUUGAGGGGAAAAAAAUGAGAGAAAGUUAGAGAAUGCAAUAUAUAUGGUGAUAAGCAAAGUACAUAUGUAUAUGUCUAUAUAAAUAUAUAUGAGGAUGCGCCAAAAAUGUUGAGUUUCAAAAUUUCCCAUUAACCCAAUAAUUUUCUCUGGACUUUUUGGUCCAGGGUCAAAAAAAUAAUUUUCCACAAAACCGCACUUGCAUAUUUUUGAAAAAAAUUAAACGCGCGCCAAAAAAAGCCCGGGACAUUUAAACGCAAUCUUUGGUAAUUUAAAAAUUCCCGGGCUUGGAAUCCAAAUUUAUUUGAAAUUUUUUACUCCCAUGACUGUUGGUCAAAAAAAUACAAAAUUUUCGUACAAAAUUUGCAGACAAUUCUCUGCAAUAAAUUUUUUUGGCAAUUAAUUUCCGUAAUGAAAUUCGAUUAUUUGGCACAUGCUGAUAUAUAUAUAUGAAUACUAUUAUAUUAAUUUUUUUAACGAUAAAAGAUGAAUUAUUUCUAUUGUUUUAUAAAGCAUUUAUUGAUUCCUGUACAUAUAUUAUUAUAUUAUAUUAAUUUUAUUACAAUGUAAUAGUUAUGAUUAUAGUAAAGAAAGAAAGGAAAAAAAAGAAAAUGUACUAGUACGACAAACAUCACGAUUUGACAUAAUGUAAAAUUAAAAAAUUGUAUAAUUAUUUUAAUUAAUUACUAUUAUUAUUAUUAGUAACAAUUAUUUGUUGUCAAAAAGAAGCUGUAAUAUUUUAACAAACUAUUUUUAUGAUGUAAUCUAUGUCAGAUUUAUUAUUAUAUAUAUGUAACAAUGCAUAUGCGUGAUAAUGAUGGUAAAUUUUUUUUUUUGAUUUAUUUUGUUGACUAUACAGAGUAGGAGUACCAUUUUUGGCCACUGCUCCAUUUUUGGACAUUUAACUUAUGGAAAAGUGUAAAAUAAAAUUUCCAUCGUUUCAUUGUGUGAUAAAAAUAUCCUGCACAUAUUUUGAAUAUCAAUUGUGUCACUGCCUUUUAUAUAAUAGUAUAUUACACACCUAGGGAGGAAAGAAGGACAUCCCAAUCCACGUGUGUUUAAUACCCGGGCCUUUACUUCUGCUAGGCAAUAGAGAAGUUGCAUGUUUUGUAAUUAAAAUUUUUUUUGAAAGUUUAAUGAAAGUUGUUAAGAAAAAUUCAGGGAAAAGUUUUAUAAUAAUCGAUUUCUCGAUUAAAUUUUAAAUUAAAAACCGUAAAUUCAAACGCUAGUGAUGUCAUUAUAUCGGUUCCGACGCGCCAUCGCACGGAGAGAUGAAAAAAAUGUUGGAAAAUCCAAAAGUCCACACCUCAAUCGCUCAUUUUAUUUUUAAUCACUACUUUUAUUAUAUAAUAUUAAUGUAUUUUUUUUUAAUAUGAACUUUUAUUCAACUUACAAAUUAUCAAUUUGAUUUUUCACACCUCAAGCGCGAAAGCGCGGGUGUGCUUUAUGGACGGUUUUUUUUAUUCGACUAUUUUACUCACAUAGAAAUCUUUCUACACUAUUUUUUUAUUUCUUAUUCCCGCCUUUUGUCUUAGAUGUCGCUUUUUUUUCAAACAUAUUGAAACGCUAGUGCUGCCACCUAAAAUUUUUUAGCUGCAUGCUAAAAUUUUUUUUUUACAGAAAGUACUCAGUACUAUCCCAGAGUAGCCAUGACUAUUUUUUUUUUCCGUGUAGCGUGACUUUCAUUGGUUCUCAGCUCCAACAGAUAUAAUGACGUCAUAGCUAAUUAUGAGUCAUUUUUUUUCCGCCAAAAUUUAUUCAUUUUUUAUGAGAUGAUAAAAAAUUAAUGCAACUUCUCUAUUACACGCGCGGAUUGAAAUGUUCUACUUUUCUCCCUAGGUGUGUAAUUUACUAAUUAUUCAAAUUUUUCAAGUGUCCAUAACUGGUCAUAAAGUGGCCAGAAACGGUACCUCUACUCUGUUAUUACUGACUUUUAAGACGUACCAAUAGUCCCGGAAUAAUAAUAGUUAUUAUUGUUUUUUUUUUUUUUUUUUGUUAAAUGUCAAUGUGUGGUUAAAAUUUGCAUCAUUAAUGUACCUUUUGAAUACACACACUCUGAUAUUUUUCAUUAGCCUGUGGAUUGUUGGGUAGCCAAGACUCGUUUUGGUCCGAAGGCUGAGACUGAUAACAGAAUUAUACGCAUUUGCAAAUAACCAAUAACGUAUUUUAUAAUUAUUAUAUAUAUCAUAUAUUAUUAUUAUUAUUAUUGUCAUUAAAUUUGUUUAUUAAUAGAAA